AACGGGUUUCGCCUUGGUAAACAGGCUUAAUCACCUCCUUUUGCCUAUGGACGAGCUAAAUCCUUGUUCUAAUGACAGUCAAAAUGAUAUAGAAGACCCGUUUACUGCGAACGAUAUAGACAGUACACAAUCUCUGGACUUUCAUCCAGCAGAAGACCGUGAAUGGCCUUGGAUGGAUCCAUGGAUGGGCAAGAAUGAGGGGGUUCUAGAGGCAUCUUUAAGAAAUUACAGUGGAGAUGAUACGACACAUUCAGCAGAUGCAUCAAUUAUAGCGGAAGAGACAUUAACAGACGAGGAGAAGAAAGGUAUUCUUCAGAGUGCAUUUAUCCGUGCAGCAAGUCAUGGAGAUGUUGAACGUAUUGAAUCGAUGCUUAAAGGAGGAUCACGGAAAUAUAUUGAUAUUGACGGGUGCGAUGAGACGGGAGGUACAGCAAUUAUAUUUGCGGCGUGUUUUGGACACCAGGGGGUAGUUGAAGCGCUUUUAGAAGCGGGAGCAAAUAUUAAUGUACGAGAUAAGGCUAAAUGGUCGCCUUUGAUGUGGGCAAUUAAUAAUCAUCAUGGGGGAAUAGUGAAAUUAUUAUUAGCACAUGGAGCGACAUUUAAUUCUAGAGGGAUUGGGGGGAAUUCGGUGUUAGAAGGAACAUCGCAGAUGGAUAUGAUUGAUAUUUUGGAAUCAUUGCAUGUAGAAGAAUCAUUAGAAGAAGGGGAAAGUUUUGAAGAUCAUGAAUGGUAUCGUCAAGGAUGUUUAGAGCAGAUGGAAAAAGAAAAAAUGAUGGAAAUGCCGAUAUUAGAAGAUUUAGAAGUGGAUUUAUCAAGUAUUGGAUUUGAAGGAUCAAAUCAAGAAAUGGAGGAAUCAGAAGAAGUAUUUUCGGAGGAAGAUUUUGUAUGGAAUCGAUGUCUUCCAGAACAGAUGUAUAUUUUUUCGGAAGAUCAUAUUUCAACGAUAUUAGAUCUUGUUAUUACAAAUUUUGAGCCGUUACGAUCGGCAGAUCAGAAGGUUAUUCCGGCAGAUGUGAUUUUUUUAUCGAUUCGUUUUGCUCAUUAUUAUGGGACAAAGGAUAUGCUUAAUAAAUUAUUAUAUGAUACGUUAGAACGUAUUCGUUUACUUAUUCGUGAUAAGCCGGAUGAUAUGGCUAUUUUGGCAUUUUGGAUUUCGAAUUGUAUGCUUCUUUUAUACUAUAUUAAGAAAGAUUCGGGACUUUUGGUCACAAUUAUAGAUUUUCAGCUUCAUUUAACAGAAUUGAUCCAUGAUAUUUAUUUGGUAUUUCUACAAGAAACCAAAUUUCGUAUUGAAAAACAUUUGAAUAGCUCUAUUCUUGAUUAUGAAACUAUUUCUACAUUUGACAAUGUUACAUUUGAAAAUAAAUGGUAUAAUUUUCGGCGGCAAAAAAAGAAGAAUUCAUUUUAUCUUUCACCGGAAAAACAUGCAACACCCUCACCUUUAUUGAUUACUAUUCUUUUUUCGUCAAUUUUUUUUAUUCUUGAUGUAUAUCAAGUUCAUUUUAUUAUUUUUAAACAAGUCGUAAAUCAAAUAUUUUAUUGGUUUAGCGCAGAACUUUUUAAUCGUAUUAUUACGAAAAAAGGCUAUCUUUCAAGAAGUAAAGCAAUGAAUAUUCGUCUUAAUAUUUCUGUAAUUGAGGAUUGGGCUAGAAUAAAUAAUAAUCAAUUUCAGAAGAAAAUGCAUAUGAAAUCUUUAAAUUCAGGAUACAAAUCUUUUAAUAUUUAUAAUUCUUUGAAGAAUCAUAUAACUCCUUUAGUACAAUUACUUCAGUGGCUUCAGUGUCUUACAUCUUUAAAUAGUAUUGAAAAUAUCGAAACAACCGUAGAUGCAUUGAAUUUACUUACAUCAACUCAAUUAUUAUAUAUUGCUAAAAAUUAUAAAUUAGAGAUUGAUGAAAAUAAAAUAGGGAAAGAAAUAAUACAAUAUCUUUCCAAGAAAGAAGAGAAAGAUAAAAAUAUUAAAAAGAAACAUAUACAAGACUCAGAAAAUUGUUCUACAGAUGAUACAUUUGAUAACCCUAAACCGCUACCUUUUGAUAAAGAAAAACUUAAAAGUUCAAAUCUUUUAAUGAACGUUGAGUUAAUGCUUCCAUUUAUUUUACCAACUGGCACAGAUCUCUUGGCUAGUUAUGGUUCUAAAAUUAUUAAAGUGGAUGAGAAAAAGAAGAAAUGCUUUAUACCUGUAAUACCAUCUGAUUUUAUGGACUUAUUGAAAACAAAAAUUGGUCAUAACAAUGAGAAAGAACAAAUAGAAACAAAUAAUGAAGAAUUAAACAAUGAAGUCCAAUCUACUAAAGAUCAUGAUUUUUCAGAAAAUAUUAAAAUAUAGUAUCAGAAAUAAAAAUCAUCUUUGUAUUUUAGAAUUAUUACGUAU